UUUUAUUUUUAAAGUUGGCACACCUGCGAAUUUUCCCGGGAUCUCGUUAACACAGAUAAAAAAAGUGACUUGUUGAGUUUUGAAUAAUGAAUUAGGGCAUUUUAGCGUGUUUCGGAUUACGCUACACACUUCCUACUCCAACCUCAAAUCCAUUACCUACACUAACUCUCAGCUUUGAACCCUGAACUCCGUCGCCUUCAACCGCCGUUUUCCGCCGCUUCAACCUUCUCCGCCCACUUCAGUAAUUUUUGGAGCUGCAUUGAAAAAUGGAAAAGCCUACACACCGAACAUGGAUGUAUAAUAGGCUUCUUCCUGGUCAAAAGGGUUAUACAACAGAAUUUUUGAAAGGUGUCAAGGAUUUUAUUGAUUUUGCUUGUCAGCAACCAAAGUAUUUGAAUGAAGGUGUAAUAAGAUGUCCUUGUAAGUUAUGUAAAAAUGCAAAGCAUUUAACCCCAGAAGAAGUAAAUGUUCACAUUAUUAAAAAAGGGUUUACACCCAGAUAUUGGUUUUGGACAUCCCAUGGAGAGAAACUUCCUCAUAUUAAUAAUGAUGUUGAAGUGCAUUCAGUGUCACCAAGGUGUAAAAAUACAUCAGAGUUGUCUGCUGCUGUUACAAUGUUAAACAUGUCACAGGCUUGCUUCAAUGACCGACCUCGAACCCGAUCUCAAACUCGACCUCGAACUCAAUUCACUCAAUCUCAACCUCCACCUCAACUCACUCAAUCUCAACCUCAAACCCGCCCUCGAACCCGAUCUCGACCUACUCAACCUUCACCUCAAUUUCAAUCUCAUACCACCCAAUCCACUCAAUCUCAACCUCGACCUACUCAACCUUCACCUCAAUCUCAAUCUCAUACCACCCAAUCUACUCAAUCUCAACCUCGACCUCCUCCUCUACCUCAAUCACAAUCUCAUACCACCCAAUCUCAACAUAUCCCCACUCAAGUCCUACGUAUGGAAGAAUAUCCAAUGGCCAAUAAAGCCCCAUCUUCUUCAUCUAGUCAUGUUAGUGAAGGCAAUAACAUGAACAAAAUCAUGAUACUCCCAGAGGGGGAUGGUUUUGAUCAACAUAAGUUGGUAAUUGGGACAAUUGCUUCAAUCAUACGUACUAACUUGGAGGAGGCAAAACCAUCAUGGAAGAAGUUAUCUAUAGGUCAAAGGGAUUCAUGGUUUAAUAUAUUUGAAUCAAAGUUUACAUGGCCACCUCAGUAUAAGGACAUGGUGCGGCGCAACUUUGAGAAAAGGGGUUCAGCUAAAAUGACUCAAUUAAUGCAAGAUGUUCGAAAAAAUUUAAAUCAAAAACCAACUUGGAUGGAAGAUGAUGUGUGGGCACAAUUGCAGGCACAUUGGGAAUCCUCAAGUUUCAAAAAUAAAUCUGAAAUAAAUAAAAGAAAUCGUAAGUCUAUGGAUGGUGCGUCUCUUCACACUGGUGGAUCAAUUCCUCAUCGUUUGCAUUGGAAGAGAAUGAAGGAGGAAAAAGGCACAGAUCCAUCAUUGGCUGAGUUUUAUUUUCGUACUCAUCGAAGAAAAAAGGAUCAAAGUUGGGUGGGUCCUCAUGCAGAAUCUGCUUAUGAUAAAUUUGAACAGAGGAAGACUGAGUUAUCUUCUAAGAGUUCAAAAUUUACUUCGGGGGAAGGUGGAACUGAUAGUCAAGCUGAUAGUCAACCAUCUAUGAAUCAUAUGCCAUCAGACUUUGAUAUUUGGGCAGAUUCGGUUGGAAAGAAAAAAGGGAGGAUCUUUGGCCUUGGAUCCAUAGCCAAAACAUUAUUUACAUCCUCAAGUCAACCAACGAAACUUUCUGCAAAUUCAGAGGAGGUUGAUGCUUUAAGAAAUCAAAUUCAGGAAUUAAAUGAAUCACUACAAAGACAAGAACAAGAGCAACAAAAGACGAGACAAGAGUUGACUCAGACCAAAAAUCAAGGAUCCACAAGCAUUGCAUCCUCAAGUCAACCAAUGAAGCUUUCUGCAAAUCCAGAGGAAAUUGAUGCUCUAAGAAAUCAGAUUAAUGCAUUGAAUGAAUCACUACAAAGACAUGUGCAAGAGAAACUAGAGAUGAAGCAGGAGUUGACUCAGACCAAAGAACAAGUAAUAGCUUUAAUGCAACACUUUGGAUUUGUUGGUUCUUUGCGUCCAUCUUCAUCACCUCAACACAAUAGUGUAAAUGACGAUGACUAUAGUGACACUAUUAGUGAUCAUAUUGAUUAGAGUUGUAUUUGAUAUCUUGCUACAUUCUUUUAAAAAGGUGUGUUGAGGAUGAUAGUGACACUAUUAGUGAUCAUAUUGAAUGUGAUUGUAUUCUUGCUACAUUCUUUUAAAAAGGUGUUGCCUUAACAUAUUCUCUUUA